AUGGGCGCGGCAAGCUGCUGCGAAGCCCACAGGCUGCGAAAACCAUGCGAAAUAAAGACAGAGCUGUCUGGUGACUGGCUCAACCAAGGGCCACUGACACCCAGCACGGUGUCACCGACGCCGGGUGCAGCCAUGUCACCCUCUUGGGAUCGCAUGUCCAGCCGCGUCCCCCAUGAUCCGGAGCACGAGCUUGAGUGGUCCAUCGUGGCCGACAGUAUCGACGAGGACGAGCUUUUCAAGCUUCGGGAGCUCCAUCAGGUUCUACAGGACUGCGAGUUGCAUCCCACCUGCCGACGGAAGCCUCUGCAUCGUCAGGCACAGACUCUUUUGCGCUUCCUUCGAGCGCGGGACGGCGACGUGCUUAAGGCAGAAAGAAUGUUCCGUGAUAUGCUGGAGUGGCGCCACACCUUCGACGUCGAUGGCAAGGUACACAGCUGGAGGCGGGAGCUGGAGAGACAUCGGACUAGGCGUGCUCGGCUUUGCAAACGCUUCGCGAUCGAGGAGCAGAUCUGCAACGACAAGCACGGCAUUCCGGUGAGGUUACUUCGCCUGGGCGUUGCAGACAGCGCCGGAAUGAUUCGAGAGUUCGGACAGGAAGCCAUCCUCGUGGACAGUUUGUCGAAGUUGGAGUGGACACAUGAGCAGAUCCGGAAUGCCAUGUUCCGCUGCCGCAAGCUGAUUCGUGGUCAGAUCCAAAUCCUUGACGUCGGGGACUAUGGAGAUGUACCCAACUGGACGGGACGGAUGUGGAACAAUUUGCGCUUGGGCCCAGACAUCUACAAGGUCUUCGAUGGGAACUAUCCGGAGACCGUGCGGAAAGUCUUCAUCAUCAGCCACCCGGCUCACAUCCGAUAG